GGCCAGAGCCGCCGCCAGCGAUCGCUAGUCGUAGAGGCAGCGCUGGGCAGUGACAGACCGCCCAGACGAGCGUGCGAGCGAACCCUCCCAUACGUGAAGCAUACAGCGUAACAACAUGUCCACGGCAGGGAAGGCAAUCACGUGCCGCGCUGCGGUAUGCUGGGAGCCGAACCAGCCGCUGUCCGUCGAGGAGGUCGUGGUGGAGCCGCCGGAGGAGGGAGAGGUUCGCGUGAAACUUUUGUCCGCGUCCAUCUGCCGUACGGACUUCUGCUGCCUGAAGGGCUUCACCAUCAAGAAAUUCUACGCCGGCGGCUGGCCCGUCAUCCCCGGCCACGAAGGCGUGGGCGUCGUCGAGAGCGUGGGGCCCAAAGUGACAUCCGUUCAGCAAGGUGACCAUGUGAUUCCAUCUUUCGGUGCGCAAUGCAACAAGUGUUCACUCUGCCAGUCGAGCCGGACCAACAUGUGCCUGCUGUCAAACGACCGCGCCGUGCUCCCCGCUGGGGUGACCCGCGUCAAAGCCAAAGGUCAGAUGCUGUACCAGCUGGCGAGCCUAGGGACCUUCGCCGAGUACAGCGUCAUGGCGGAGACGUCGCUCGCCAGGGUGAACAAGUCCGUGCCCACGGCCCCGCUGUCCGUGAUGGGCUGCUGCGUGCCCACCGGCAUGGGCACCGCGCUCAACGAGGCCAAAGUGACGCCGGGCUCCGUGUGCGCCGUGUGGGGGCUCGGCGGCGUGGGGCUGUCCAUCGUCCUGGGCUGCAAGAUGGCCGGGGCGUCCACCAUCGUCGGCGUCGAAAUCCACCCCGAGAAGGAGGCCAACGCUCGCAAGUUCGGCUGCACCGACUUCAUCGACUCCAAGAGCCUCGACAAGCCCGUGAGCGAGUACCUGGCCGAGAGGUUCGGCGGAGGCUGCGACUUUACCUUCGAGAGCACCGGCAGCACGAAGGCUAUGGCCGAGGCGUUCGAGUCCGUACGCGACGGCGGCGGGCACUGCGUGGUGGUCGGCGGCGUACCAGAGGGGCAAAACCUCUCAAUCUACCCCGGUCACCUGCUGAACGGCCGGGCCCUCACCGGCUGCCUGUUUGGAGGAUACAGAUUCCGCAACGACCUGCCAUCUCUGGUCGAAAUGAUCGCGGAGGGCAAGAUUCCCGUCGACGACUACAUCACAGGCUCCUUCAAGUUGGCUGAAAUCAACAAAGCGAUGGAUACCAUGAGAAGUGCAAAUGGCAUACGGAUCACCAUCACGUUUGACUAGUCAUUUGUUGCAGAGCGAUCGGGACUGGAAGUCAGAAAAUCCGGUAAUGAUGACCCUUCAGGGAGUCUGGUCCUGGCCAAGCUCAAGUGUGAUUGAAUGAAUUAAAGAAUUUACACAGGGUUCCAGUGGAAAGUUCAAAGAUUGCACAUAUCGAUGAAAAAACAGCAAAUAAUAGCAUAGAGAAAAAUUAACAGUGCGAGUUUUGUUUUUGAAGGUAAUGGUUGUAUAACUUUACUUUACUUCAAAGGCAUUGACAGUACGACAAGUGCGUAUUUGGAGAGGUAGAGCAUUCCAUAAUUGCGGGCCAAUGACAGGAAAAGCACCGUUCAUUCUGUUGGUGUCAAGCGAUUUAACUCUGAUUUUAGCGCCCCAGGAAAGGCGUUGUGUAGCGCCUUUUUCUCAACAGUGCAAAAUCCAUGUUCGAGCAGCAAAAUAAAAGGUUUUCCCUCUCCUGGUG